AUGCUUGAAGUAACAUGCAAUGAUCGACUCGGUAAGAAGGUUCGAGUUAAAUGCAACCCUGACGAUACCGUGGGUGAUUUAAAGAAGUUAAUAGCCGCACAAACUGGCACUAGAUACGACAAAAUAGUACUCAAGAAAUGGUACACAGUAUUCAAGGAUCAUAUUAAACUUGCAGACUAUGAAAUCCACGAUGGGAUGAAUUUGGAGCUGUACUAUCAAUAAUAAAAACAUUUGUAUUUUAA